GGAGGGGUAGAUGUGAAGAGGGGCGGCCGCGAGGGCUCCGAAGCGAAGCUGUUCAGCGCUAGCAGGCGUCCUGGCCGGUCUGAGGGAAUAGAGGCUCCGUCUUCCCUUCCUCCGCCCUCGAAAGUCAACUUCACCGCUCCGCCCGCAACGUCUGCGGGCGGCGGGGGCCGGCGUCAGGGCUUGUCUGCCUCCUCCGGCGUGGGGCCUGGGCGCCAUGGACGCGACGGCGCUGGAGCGGGACGCCGUGCAGUUCGCGCGGCUGGCGGUGCAGCGCGACCACGAAGGCCGCUACUCUGAGGCGGUGUUCUACUACAAGGAAGCUGCACAAGCCUUAAUUUAUGCUGAGAUGGCAGGAUCCAGCCUAGAACGGAUCCAAGAAAAGAUCAGUGAAUAUCUGGAAAGAGUCCAAGCUCUGCACUCUGCAGUUCAGUCAAAGAGUGCUGAUCCUUUGAAAUCAAAACAUCAGUUGGAUCUGGAGCGUGCCCAUUUUCUUGUUACGCAAGCCUUUGAUGAGGAUGAAAAGGGAAAUGUGGAAGAUGCCAUAGAAUUGUAUACAGAAGCUGUGGAUCUCUGUCUAAAAACCUCUUAUGAAACUGCUGAUAAGACUCUGCAAAAUAAAUUGAAACAGUUGGCUCGACAGGCACUAGAUAGAGCAGAAGCAUUGAGUGAACCUUUGACAAAGCCAUUUUGCAAACUCAAAUCAACAAAUAUGAAAGUGAAGACUGCCCCAGUAAGAACACAUUUUCCUCUGGGACCUAAUCCUUUCCUUGAAAAGCCUCAGCCAUUUAUAAGUCCACAGUCAUGUGACGCCCAAGGACAGAGAUACACAGCAGAAGAAAUAGAAGUACUCAGGACAACAUCAAAAAUAAAUGGUAUAGAAUAUGUUCCUUUCAUGAGUGUUGAUCUGAGGGAACGUUUUGCUUAUCCAAUGCCUUUUUGUGAUAGAUGGGGCAAGCUUCCAUUAUCACCUAAACAAAAAACAACAUUUUCUAAGUGGGUACGACCAGAAGAUCUCACCAACAACCCUACAAUGAUAUACACUGUAUCCAGUUUUAGUAUAAAGCAGACAAUAGUAUCAGAUUGUUCCUUUGUGGCAUCAUUGGCCAUCAGUGCAGCUUAUGAGAGACGAUUCAAUAAGAAGUUGAUUACCAGCAUAAUUUAUCCACAGAAUAAGGAUGGAGAACCAGAGUACAAUCCCUGUGGAAAGUAUAUGGUAAAACUUCACCUCAAUGGUGUCCCAAGAAAGGUGAUAAUUGAUGAUCAGUUACCUGUUGAUCAUAAAGGAGAAUUGUUGUGUUCUUAUUCCAACAAUAAAAGUGAAUUAUGGGUAUCACUUAUAGAGAAAGCAUACAUGAAAGUUAUGGGAGGAUAUGAUUUCCCAGGAUCCAACUCAAAUAUUGAUUUGCAUGCACUGACUGGGUGGAUACCAGAGAGGAUUGCGAUGCAUUCAGAUAGCCAGACCUUCAGUAAGGAUAAUUCAUUCAGAAUGCUUUAUCAAAGAUUUCACAAAGGGGAUGUCCUCAUCACUGCGUCAACUGGAAUGAUGACCGAAGCGGAAGGGGAGAAGUGGGGCCUGGUUCCCACACAUGCAUAUGCUGUUUUGGAUAUUAGAGAGUUCAAGGGCCUGCGGUUUAUCCAGUUGAAAAACCCUUGGAGCCAUUUACGCUGGAAAGGAAGGUACAGUGAAAAUGAUGUGAAAAACUGGACCCCAGAAUUGCAAAAGUAUUUAAACUUUGAUCCCCGAACAGCUCAGAAAAUAGAUAAUGGAAUAUUUUGGAUUUCCUGGGAUGAUCUUUGCCAGUAUUAUGAUGUAGUGUAUUUGAGUUGGAAUCCAGCUCUUUUUAAAGAAUCAACUUGCAUUCACAGUUCUUGGGAUGCUAAACAAGGACCUGUGAAAGAUGCUUAUAGCCUGGCCAACAAUCCCCAGUACAAACUGGAGGUGCAGUGUCCACAAGGGGGUGCUGCAGUUUGGGUUUUGCUUAGUAGACACAUAACAGACAAGGAUGACUUUGCAAAUAACCGUGAGUUUAUCACAAUGGUUGUGUACAAGACUGAUGGCAAGAAAGUUUAUUACCCAGCUGACCCACCUCCAUACAUUGAUGGGAUUCGGAUCAACAGUCCUCAUUACCUGACUAAGAUAAAGCUGACCACGCCCGGGACUCACACCUUUACCUUAGUGGUUUCUCAGUAUGAGAAACAGAACACAAUUCAUUACACAGUCCGGGUAUAUUCAGCGUGCAGCUUUACUUUUUCGAAGAUCCCUUCACCAUAUACCUUAUCAAAACGGAUUAAUGGAAAGUGGAGUGGUCAGAGUGCUGGAGGAUGUGGAAAUUUUCAGGAGACUCACAAAAAUAACCCCAUCUACCAGUUCCAUAUAGAUAAAACUGGACCGUUACUGAUUGAACUGAGAGGACCAAGGCAAUACAGUGUUGGAUUUGAGGUGGUAGCAGUUUCCAUAACGGGAGAUCCUGGUCCUCAUGGCUUUCAGAGGAAAUCUAGUGGUGACUAUAGGUGUGGAUUUUGCUACUUAGAAUUGGAAAAUAUACCUGCUGGAAUCUUUAAUAUCAUCCCAAGUACUUUUUUGCCUAAACAAGAAGGACCGUUUUUCUUGGACUUUAAUAGUACUGUCCCCAUCAAGACAACACAACUCCAGUGAUAGAGAAGUCUCAGCUAUUACUGGAUUCUAUAUUUUGCAGUCAUCGGCUCUUCAGACAGAGACAAAUUAUGAUGGUAAACCAUCAGAAUGGAAUUCAAAGACAUGCUACAGUGAAAUCUGGUACUUGUCAUGCUGUUUGCUAGGAACUGUACAUAGAAGUACCUUAAUCUUACAGGUACUGUUUACAUGGUUUUGUGCAUACAGAGUUGGCAUGUAUUUAGGGGCUAACUUUGUAUAAAAAUUAUAUAUGAUUACAGAUUAGAUUCAGCUAUCACUGUGAGAUGCUUUUGCUAACAGGACAAAGGAACUGAAACAAGAUGAGGACAACAAGGGCCACAGAUCCACUGAAUGCAAGAGCAGGCUAUUUUAGUAUUUUGAAAUCCUUACAUUACGUUUCCCGUUUUUACAGAGCACGUAAGUUUAACCUGUUCAUGUUGAAUCCCACCAUACAUCUGAGGCAACUAAUUACCAAAUGAAUCAUGCCAUUAUAACUAAUUUGAAUUUUCCAUUGUGUGUUUAAAUGUUUGUUGCCUAGAUGUCAUGAAAGAAUAAAGCUUUAAAAAGUACCAUUUAGCUUAGCAUGAAGAUGCUCAGGCUUAAGAAUGAAGGUUCUCAGUGUUAGAUACAUCAUUCAUUGUAGAGAGAGAACUGAGGUAUAUUUAUUGUUGCCAUUUUUUAAUUCUUAGGUUGGUGAAAUGUAAUAAUCUGAGACUGGAAAUGUUAAAGUUUAGUGUAUAGAGUUUUAAACUGCUCCGUAGUUUGUGCUUUCAUAACAGGAAUUUGGAGAGUCCUUGAGACUUUAUAGUAUGUGGUGAUCGAGUUAUACAACAUUCAUAAAAAGUGAGUUACCAGGAAUUAGAGGUGUUGUGUAAAUUCCCAUUUGUUUACAUAACAAUGCAGAAUGAUGCUCAAGAUUUUAAAAUUCUGAAAAAUAGGAUGGGAUCUGUUAUUGUCUCUACUUUAUAAUUAUCAAAACUAUUUCUACUGCCUUUAAUUGAAAUAAAAUAUUUGUACUUAUGGAAA